UCUCUCUCUAGGUGCAAAUGGGAUCUCGAUUACCACAAGCUGGGUCCAAUGACGGUAGUCACUGUUCGCUAAUGAAAACAUGCGGUAAAGGCAAAGACUACAGGACUACGGACGGCACACAGGUUGACGAUGUGGAGAGCUGCAUGGAGGAAAAAGGUCCUGACGGAGGGUGGGGAUGGGUGGUGGUCUUCGCCUGCUUCAUGCUCUGGAUCAUCAUUGGCUCCGUGCCUGCAAUCUUCGGCAUCCUGUUCUCUGGAUUCCUGACUGGGCUUCAGACAUCCUCUGUCGUCACCGCCUGGAUACAGAACCUGGGCAUGGUGUUAUCCGCCCUCUGCUGUUACUUGGUGGACCCCUUGGUGGAAGAGUUUGGGUGGCGGAAUCUGUCGUUAGCAAUGGGGGUCAUGAUGGCGGUGGGCAUGUCCCUCUCUGCCGCCGCCACCUCCGCCGUUGACUUGUUCUUCACUUACUCUGUGUUGUCUAGUAUCCCCGUGGAUGUCAUCAUGACGGUGACACACACCAUCGUGCCGCACUACUUCACGCGACGAAUGACACUUGCCUGCAGCCUCACCUCCUGCGGCUCAUCCUUCAGCCUCAUCAUUUGCCUCCCCUCCUGGCGGUACUCAUCGAACAAUACACCUUCAGAGGCGCCACACUUGUCACUGCCGCCCUCAUGGCCAAUACCUGCGUCGCCGCUAUGGUCUUCCACCCAGUCGAGUGGCACAGCAACAUUCGUCCAUCCAAGACUGUUGCCCAAAAGGUGGAGGAGGGUGGUGGGACCUGUUCACGAGUGUUUAAUUCUUUUGGAAGGAUGCUGAAGACCGCGAGAGGAAACCUUUGGCUCUUCAAGUCCAUGCGAGCGAUUCUAAUCAACAUAAUUCUUUCCAUAGGCAUGAUGGCAUUCAGUAACUUUUUAUAUCUGGUGCCCUUCGCAAUGGAGGCUCAGGGUUACAGCACAGAAGAGUCAAGUUUGACCAUGUCCGUGGUUGGCUUUUCUCUCCUGGUCACCCGCUUCACCUAUCCCAUCCUGUUCAUCCGCUUUGGUGUGAAGCACCAAAUCGGAGUCAUGAGCAGCUUGGCUGUAUGCGGCACGGCAGUAAUCGUGUUCGCGUGGGGAGACAAUCUAUACAUCAAACUGGCAAUGAUGGCGAUACAGGGCAUGGGUGUUGGCAUGUUCUUCACGUCCUACUGCCUGGUGGUGGUGGAGGUGCUGGGACUGUCUCUACUAACACCAAUGCUCAGUAUUAAUGGUUUGUUCAAGGCUUCAACCAUCCUCCUCUUUGGACCUCUAAUUGGUUGGAUACGUGACGUUACAGGCAGCUAUCCAGUGAGCUUGAGUGUGUUGGCUGGUACUUUAUACCUGGCCGCCGCUCUUUGGUUCAUCCUGCCACUCGCCCGCAACUAUGAUUUUAGUCACGAGGAUCAGACGAAAAUGUAUGAACAGCUUGAGGAUAUGAAAAACAAGGAAAAGGAGGAACAACAGAAUGACGAGAAACUGUUGCUGCUAAAAGAAAUACCUCGCAAAGAUGUUGAUUAAUUAACAUCACAAUAGUGUACUGUACAUACAUACAUAUGUGGAAUUCUCUCUCUCUCUCUCUCUCUCUCUCUCUCUCUCUCUCUCUCUCUCUC